CACCCUCAUCUUCCCUGACUACUUGCCAGGCUCUGCCCCUCUGGGCCCCUCCUGCUCCAGUGCCUGGCAUCCCCGCCCCCACCAGACCAGCAAGAAGAGGAAGAUGGCGUCCCCCAGAAGGAACCUGGCUCAGGUACAAGCCUGGAUUGGGACUUCCCAUGGCAUCACUGACCUGAACCAAAAAAUUAGCUUCUAUGACCAGUGGGCUUCCGACUACGAUCAGGAUGUGGGCACCCUGGAUUACCAAGCUCCCCGCCUGGCUGCUGACUGCCUGGCCUCAGCCUUCCUCUCCUCUCCCCAAGAGGCCCUGCUCCUAGAUGUGGCCUGUGGUACUGGACUGGUGGCCGUCGAGCUCCAGAGAUUGGGAUUCUGCAACCUUCAUGGAGUAGAAGGCAGCAAAAGUAUGCUAGAGGUGGCCAAGAACCGAGGCUUGUACCAACAGCUGAGCCUCUGUGUCCUGGGCCCAGAGCCCCUGCCUGCCCCUUCAGAUCAUUAUGAUGCCGUGACGGUUGUUGGGGCCCUCAGUGAUGGGCAGAUUCCUUACAGUGCAGUGCCAGAGCUCCUUCGAGUCACGAAGCCAGGGGGCCUGCUGUGUCUCACCACAAGAGCCAACUCUUCCAAUUUACCUUACAAAGAGGCCCUGGAGGCCCAACUGGCCAGACUGGAGCAGGCCGGGAAAUGGAAUCGAGUUCUAGUCCGCACUGUGGAUCAGUGGGAACGGGCUACCUCAGAGCAAGAGCUUCCACCCUCUGCAGGCAGCAGCCCUGGCUUCAUCCCUGGGGCUAUCUACCUCUAUCGAAAGCAGGAAGCUGUCCCAGCCCAGGGCACUGGGUUCUGAUGGGCAACAGCCAGAAGACUGCAGGCCAUUGGUCAGCUGCCUGGCCUGAUGCAAGUCACUUCCUUCCAGCGCUUAGCCCAAUGCCUGGCAGGUAGCUAGACACAGUAAGUCCUGGCAGAUGCCUCUGCUUAAUUUUCUCAUCUGUAAAAUGGGUUCACACCAGCCCUGUACUGGUCCCUCAGGGAUGGUCUGCAGAUACAAUGAAUUAAAAGAGAGGAACAGACUUGGAAAACUGAGUGGCCAUCUGUAACCCAGAUCAAAUGGCUUACUUAGGGAGGGAGAGGAUUGGGAUCUUCUACAUUCAGAAAAGGAAUGCUGAAAAUUAUUACAUGGAAUUGGGAAAAGAAAUUGUUUAAAUGAAAAAAAUUAAUAAAAACAAAAGAAAAAUUAACAGCA